AUGGGUUUCCACGAUACGACGCCGCUUUGGACCACCGCGGAAGGGACGCCGAGGCGCGAGGGUUCCAGAGUUCGAGACGCCGGCCCUUCCCGCGCCGCCGACGAUGAGAUCCGCGAGCGCGUCGCGCAUCUCCAGGCGCUCGCGUCGUCCGUCCGCACGCGCCUCGGACGGGGCCCGAGGAUGAAGGCGCACGCCGACGACGGCGCGUGGGCGGAGCGAACGACGGUGAUGACCACGCUGAUGGGCAGGGCGAGCGAGCUGGCGGGCGCGUUCGAGCGGCGGAGGGGUGUCGCGGCGAGCGGUGCGCACGGAUACGCCAACUGGGAUGACGGUUCGCUCGCGCAUGGCGAGCUCGUCUCGGACCUCGCGGGGCUCCUCGUGGCUCUCGGCGGCCCGAGACCGCAUCCAGUCGAGAGUCUCGCGUUGACGCGCGUCACCGGCGAGAGCUGCGGCGCCGGAGGCGGCACGUGGGGUCUGGUGUUCGCGGGACUCCUCGCCGGUCACGCGCAGCGAUUGCGAGUGGAGCACGACCUCGGCUUCGCGGAAUGCUGCGAGCACUACGAAGCCGCCGCCGCCGCCGCCGAAAAGUCCCUCGCGAAGGCUUCAACCGGCGUGCGCGACAUCACGCGUGACGACGUGGCGGACCGCGGCGCGAUCGCCGAGGCCAUCGAACGCGCGUCGGCGACGGUGAGGACGCGCGGUGACUUCGGCCCCGGGCGCAUCGCGGACUCAUCAGAGACUCUCGCACGUUUGGGAUGGCCCGGGUGCGCGGCGGCGAACGUAACGGACGUAACGGACGUAACGGACGCGAUCGACGUCGCGGCGCUCGUGCUCAGUUUCGACCGCGAGCGAUUCCCCGGGGACGUCGACGUCGCGCUCGCGGCGGCGGUGCUCCUCUUCGCUUCUCCUCGAAAAGGCGCCGAGUCGAACGGCGGGAACGGGGGCGGUGACUGGUCGGGCGGUGACUGGUCGGGUUUCGCCACCCGGGUCGUCGCGGGCGUCCCGGCGGAGCGCUCGAGGGUCGUUCCCGGUUUGUUCGUGCCCCUGGAACCCCGUCACGUCACCGGCGAAUGGAGCGGCGUCGGCGUCGGCGUCGCGGGGCUGCGCGAGGCGAUCGAGGCGAGGAACAAGGAAGGGGGCGCGACUGCGUGGAGAACCGUCCUGGUCGCCGGAGACGUGCCGGAUCCGAAACAUACCGGAUUUGACAUGGAGGGGUACGUCGACGACGUGUGCGCCGCGAUGGGUGCCGCGGGUGCCGUCGACGCGAUACUCUGCGCGGGGCGGUGCGACGACGCCGUCGCGCGGGCGCUCGCGCGUCGCCUGGGGGUCCGCGCGGUGAUCCAAAACCUCGGCGAAGGCGUCGGCGGUGAAAACCUCGGCGGGGUGGGUCCCACUCGGUGGCCGCGUUGUGACCCGCGCGCCGUCCGCGACCUGCGGGAGUGCACGAGCGGGAGCGCGGUGGAGAUGUGCCUGGACGCGUCCGCGCGUGGGGGGUGGGACCCGGACGAGCGGCGCUCGGCGCUUCGCGAAGGCUCGGUGACUUACCUCUCGGCGACGUAUCUAGAAACGCCGCGACUUGUCACGGCAGUCCUGUGCCAUCCGGUCCGUGAAGUGGCGGAGGCGCGAGUUUUGGAGGUCAGGCGACUCGUCCGUCGCGUCCGUCGGACGCUCGCGGACGGCGGACGCGUGGUUCCGGGCGGCGGCGUCGCGGAGCUCGUCGCGGCGGCGUCGCUGACGGCUGAGUUGGUCGACGAGCCGCGAAGCGUUUCGUCGGGCGGUGCUUCCGAGGAGCGCGUCGUUCGAAGGGCGCUCGCGUGGGAGGCGUUCGCGCAAUCGGCGCGCGAGCUGUGCCACAUCGCGUCGCAGAACCACGGGGUCCCGUACGACGAGGCGUCGACGCGGGCGGCGCGCGCGGAGGGGCUCUGCGCCGAAUGGAGGGAACUCGGCUCGAACGUCGACUCGAGACGUCGGUGGGCGGAGGCGUCGCGCGUUUUGGGGGACGAUUCGGGGCGGCUGAGGCUCGAGCCCGUGGACGCGACGGGGUUGGGCGUGGCGAUGGAUAUCACGCGACGCGUCCUCGUCCCGUCGCGUGACGAUGCGGCGCCCGGGUUUACCAUGUCGAUGCGGGUCGUGCGGUAG